AUCAAAAAUCGACCUCUCUAAGAAGAUGUAAAAUCUUAUCUAUUUAUUAAACUUUGUUUAUAACGAUAGUAGUGAUAGAUUUGUAUGACGUUUUAAAUCGUGCUUUGUAACAAUGUUAAUUUCCAGAAGUGUAAAUCUUGUAAAACACAUUUCGAAACAUGUUAAAAGAAAAAAUACUCUAAUUAAUAAUCAACCUGUUCGAUUAUCAUCCCAUGCUGAAUGGGGUUAUAGAGAAGAUACAUCAAAUGCAAAAAGCAAAAAAAAUUAUAUAAUAGCAGCCGAAAUUUUUGGUGGAUUUGCUUGGUGGUGGUUUCUAUAUAGAUUGUGGCAUGAUCAUAUGCAUCUUGUUGGACAUUUUGAUUAUCCGGAUGCAUCAAAAUGGACAGAUGAAGAAUUAGGAAUACCACCUGAUGAUUAUGAUUAAUUGAAUGUAUACUUCUGUAGAAAAUUAAUAUGUUCCUUAAUGCUGGCAACAAAUUUUCUGAGUAACAAGGUAAACCUUUGUUUAGGAUUUAACAUGUUAGUAGUUAUACUACUAUAAAAAUUAAGUAAUAAAUACUUGUAGUACAA